UGAAGUUGAAAAAAACAUAUCGAUGUUAGUAGAAAAGUUUAAGUUUGUUGACAUAAAUACAUUUAAUAUUAAUUAAAAUUACAAUAAUAAAAAUGUCCAUCCGUUGAAUCAAGCCUGAAAAACAAUGCCGAGCAGGGGGACGGUAGAAUGGAAGACAGUGGUGGGGGCGGGAGAGCAACUAUCGUGUUGUUUUAAUUUAUUUCUAAAUAUAAAAGCGCUAACGGCCGCGGCCGUGGAGGAAGAAAAAGAAGAAAAACUGCCGUUAUAAUAUUCAAACCCGGCGUUAAUUCGGUGAUAAUAAUAAUUAUUGUUAUUAUUAUUAUUAAUUACAACUCUCAACGAACAAGCUAACUAUUGCAUUAAUAAUUGUUUAAAAUAGAUAAGUAGUUCUGUGAUUAUCACUUUCAAACGUACAAGCUUUAUAUACUAGCUGACCUGGCAAUGAUUUUGCUAUUGUUAUCUAGUAGAUAAUAGUGUAAAUACUAGUAAUAAUAAUGAUAAUCCAUAUCUCCAAGGUAACCCAUGAGACAUGUUAAAUAAAAUAAAUUUAUAAACAAUUAGAUAUAUUUUGUACCAAAAAUACCUAAAAACAUAAUUAUUGCAAGCAUCUGGAUCUCUAAUUUGUAGCUUGUAUAAGUGAAAAAAUAAUUAAAAUUGGUUAACUAGUUUUUGAGCUUAUCUAUUAAAAACAUGCAAACAAAUCCUAUAAUAUAAUUAUGAUAUUAGUAUAGAAGUAUAAAUGUAUAAUUUAAACUAUUGUUUUGUGUGUUAUUAAAUGUGUGUAUUAAAAUGAUAUAAAUUCAAAAUUUAGCUUAAGGAAAAAUUAUUUUCCGUUAUUAAUGUAUGGACUUUUGGUAAAAAAUUGUUUAAUAUAACAUGUACCCAUGUUUAAUAUAACAUUUAUAAUAUGUAAUAAUACUUUAUAGUUGGACCAUAAAUAUGCAAGGUGCUGAAGGUACUAUAUAUGAUAAGGAACAUUUCCAAUUACAAUUUAAAUUUGGUCCUAGCUAUCCCUUUGAGUCUCCUGAAGUAAGCAUUUAUUAUUACAAAAUUUAAAUUAUGUUAUUUUGAUAUUAUAUUAAAAAAUGUUUAUCUUAUUUUUACUUAGGUCAUAUUUGUGGGUCAAAACAUUCCAGUUCAUCCACAUGUUUACAGUAAUGGUCAUAUUUGUUUAUCUAUUCUUAGUGAAGACUGGUCUCCUGCUUUAUCAGUUCAAUCUGUUUGUGUAUCAAUCAUAUCCAUGCUAAGUAGCUGCAAAAAAAAGGUGAUUUCAUAAAAAUAUAUUCUGUGUAUAAAGUAUCCUUCUGGUUUAGACCAGCAAUCUAAUGAAGUUUACAUCAGUUCCCCAAUUAUUGGACCUAUGUAGAUUUUGAUGCAACAAUAAACAGUAAAUAAUUAAUAAAAGAUUCACUUACUCAUUAUUAAUUACUUUCAUAUGCAUGUCUAGAGCCUUAUAUAGAUUAACUCUAGUAUAACCAUGAACUCAAUGGUAGUAAUGAUCGCAGGGCUUGACAUUUAAUAUAUUUUUUAUCUAUAUUACCCAUUAUUACCUAUUUUUAUUUUUUAGCAGAGUUUGAAUGCAUAACCUAUAAAGUUAACCAAAAUAAAAAUAUGAUAGCAGUGUUAUUAAAUAUUAUAGUUAUAUUAUUAAAUAGUUACAAAUAGAAUGAAAAAAUAGAAUAGGUACACAUUUUGGAUAUAAUAAUAUAUGUUUUAUAUUAUGUUUUAAAUAUAUUAAAAAAAAAAUGGUCUUAAUUUCUAAUUAAAUAAUUGAUGUAACAGUAUUACUUUAAACAUACUAGAUUAAGAGUUUAGAAGUUUUAGUAUUAGCCAAUAGUAAGUCAAUUCCCCCUUGGAAUUUCAUUUACCCCCCUAAGAAAUAUAACUUUAAACAAAAUGUAUUUAUUAAGUUUACAAAUUAAAAUUCCAUACCUAAUAUUUUCCAAUAAAAUAUAACUAUGAAUUAUAAUUAUGUACUUAUUAUAAUUAUAGUUUUAUCAAUCAAAUCUGUAUAGGUAUUUUGUUUUCAAUCUAAGAAGUUAGUAAUAUAGAAGUAUAUUAUAUAGAGUUCAUUUGUUAUAUUAAUUUCUUGUAUUAACAUAAAUAAUUUGUAUUUUUUUAUCAUCUCAUAAAAAAUGGAAACUAAGUUGUAAUACUAAAUAAAAAAGUGUUUUUAUUGUUUAAAAUAUAUUUAUAAAUUAAACAUUUUACUAAUUUUUAGUGCCUGAGUGUAGUGAAGAAUGUAUUGGUUUUACUAAGAUAUUUUUAUUUUUUUUAUCACGUGUAAAAAAAUUGUACCAGAUAUUUUGCUUAGAUAUAUACAUAUAGCAUUAUUUUUGAAAGGGAAUGUUGUACAGAUGGUACUUUUAAGAGGUCAUUUUUUGAUUUUCCAAGCUGUUUUCAUAAUAUCUGGGAUAAAUCAGGAUAAAAUGUAAGAAAAACUGAACAUGAUCGAAAUUUAGGUAUUAUUAAAAAAGUAUUAAGGCCUUUUUUUUUUCUGUGUACAACUUUUCUGCCAUCAAUUUUGCUCCAAAAUGAUAGCACUUUUUCUGUAAGGAAAUCUGACUGAGGUGGUACUUUGGAGAGGUCAUUUUUUGAUAGGAAUUUUCUCAACAAAUUUGAAAAACCAAAAUAAAAACAUAGGAGAAAUGGAAAUUUUGUUAUAAUAUCAAACAAAUAAUUAAAACAUAUUAAGACGUCUAAUUAAAACAAAAUGUCUUAAAUAUAACAACCCUGUCAGGUGUGGUCCCGACUUUAGACAUGACAUGUGAAGUUUUUUAAGUUUGUUAUAAUAUAAACAAGCAAAUAAACCAACUAGAUACAACAAUCUAUUUUAACAAUGGUUUCUAUUUAAAAAGUAAAUAAGUUUAUAUUUCUACAUAUUUUUGUGAUCCAUUAUAGUUUCUUUUAUGAAUAAGUAAUGAAUUAUUAUUAAACUUUACAGGAAAGACCCCUAGAUAAUGAUUUGUAUGUAAAAUCUUGCAGCCAAAAUCCAAAACAUACAAGAUGGAUGUAUCAUGGUUAGUAAAUACAUCUUUAAAAAUGUAACAAUUUCUUUGGAGGUUUAAUUUAAUUUAUUUUUCAGAUGAUGAAAUAUAAAUUCGCGGAGAACUUCAGUUUACUAUGUAUUUUCAUUUUUAAAGUACAAUUCAAC